CCGUCGGGGAUUCCGGCAGAGUUCGAGUGGGCGUGAAGCGAGAAACGCGACCGCGCAAAAGUUUUUCUUACUGGGAAGGCAGAAACUUCAGUCACGAAUUCGAAACAAGAGUUGUAACGCGUAAAGAAAGAAUCUCCAGAGCGACAGAUGAAGCCGCCAGUGAAGUGACUUUGCGUUAUAGGCGGGCGUUGCCGUUCAACGUCCUUCUGCUUUAGCCUUCCAGAUCGAAGCGCCACUUCCCUAACUGCCGUGUGCCCGUGGAUUUGGAGGACCCACCGACAACAAAUCAUGAUGGCUGUUCGGCUAGCAAACCACGGCGCGGCUCUCUUUGGCAACCUUUUCUUUGUGAUUCUUUACCUGCUGGUUCAUCAAGGCCGUUCAUCUUCUCCUACGAAGAUCCACACCAUCAUUGGGAAAAUCGGAGAGCUGGCAGUCCUGCCUUGCGUGGAUGAUGGAGAUCAUCUGAACCUAAGGGACAUGCGCAUCUACUGGCAGAUAAACUACGAUAUCACGGUGCACAUGUACAACAGGGGCGUGGAUGACAUAAACUACCAAAACGAGACGUACAAGGGCCGCACCAUGCUGUUUGUAGACCAGCUCGAGAAGGGCAACUACUCUCUUCAGAUAACUAACAUCACGCUGGCGGACAGCGCGGAGUACAUGUGCAUCGCGGGCAAAGAGCAUUUGGAGCUCUCCAAAGUGACGCUCCGGCCUGUUGCAAGUUUCAUUGAUCCCGUGAUUUCGGUUGAUGAACUGUGGGUCAAUAACCAGGCCUCCAGGAAUGCAAGCUGCAAGUCUCACAGUGGCUACCCAAAACCAAACGUGUAUUGGAAUGUGAGGAAUGGGAGCACAGUGGAGCAUCCAGAGGCAACUGGCACGGUGAUCACACAAGACCCCGACACCAGACUGUACAACGUCACCAGUUACAUCACUUUGAAUGACACCGAUGAGAGCAUCAGCUGCACCGUCGAAAAUCCCCUUCUUGGAGAAAACCUGACGUCCCCCGAGUGGAGUUUGCGCCCCUCUGGUCCACAGCCAGGCCCCUUCCUCAAGGUGCUGGUGGCCUCCCUUUUUGGGGCAGUUGUCCUACUGACAAUUCUGGGAUUGGUGGUGAAGUGCAAGUGCCUUCCCAAGAAAGAAUGCCGGAGGGACCCCCCAGCGGAGCUGCUGUUGGACCACAUGACAUGUCCUCAGGAGAACGGCACUGGAGGUCACCCCCAAACCCAGGAGACUGUCGUCAUGUUAAACAAAGAGAUGGAGACAUAAGCGCGAGGGUCCCGCCGCCUGCAGGUGGCGCUGCUCUCAUGCACAAUGAAUUACUGCGAGGAGCCCCGCGCGUGGCCGCGGACUGAAGCCGGCAGUUUUCGAAGCGCGCCGUCCUCGUUUGGAUCCACACCUGAAAGCCCAGGUGGGCCUGAUCAGCUCACGCACCGUCCUUUUGCUGUCUGCUCCUCCGUUCUUUUCUCGCUUGUGAAAGCCUGCAUUGCUGUUGGAGGACAGGAGAAGACCAACACUGGGCAAUUCCUAACAGACUCGUUAUUUAACCAUCCGCUCUGACGUUCCUCUGAGCUCACUGUUACAGCUCUGGACUUCCUUCAGACUUAACUUCACCCUGCAUUUUGGAAUUCACUCGGCUUUCAGUGAAGAACAAUUUAUUUGAUUAAUGCUUGGCGAGCGAGGUCUCACAUUUCACCAGCAGAUGGCGCUGCUGCAGCAGCCUUUCGGGUGGAGUGACGCAGCCGGCGGACACGACUUGCGCUUCCCCCUCAUGUUGAACUUUUCAUUUAAGGAAACAAAAAUAUUGGGAUCAGGAAAAACUGACUUGGCGAUGGCAGUUAGUGACUCUGAGCUGUUGGGAUGCAUUGGGAGAGGAGCUUUUUGGGGGGGUUUGGGCAGGGUGGGUGUAUUGGAGGGUUUUCAAGACUAAAAGAGAUGCAAUUAACGGAGGACCCCCUUCGGCCAGCCCAGCACAAGUCAAAGUUAACAAGGGGACACGAACACAAGUAUUAAAAUUUGCUGCAAAAUUGUCAUUGAUGUUAAAUUAUUUGCACUUUAACUUAUUCAGUAUGCAAUUUUUUAUUGUUAUCAUUGUUUGAGGGUGGGGGGCGUGAAUCGUGUCCUGCGUUGGCUUAAAGAACAUCUAUGGACAUCUACCUCAGAAACUUGUGGACAUCAGCUCAGGAAUGGACCUGCCAUCGGGGACACAAGCAGAACACAGCCUGCUGAAAAGGACAUUUCGUAAAAUGUAAAAGAGAACAUUGGACUCUGUGCGUGUGUGUGUGUGUGAGAGAACAUAAUAGAUGGAUGUGUGUGAAAAAAAUUACACUGUAAUGAAAAGACACGACCUAAUAUGAGUCGCCGUCAUUUGUGCUAAAAAGUGCUCCGAUACUCUUUUAUAGCGUCUUUUUAUACUGAUAGCGUCAUUCAUGUGUGUCUAUAAUAAAGAGUGCUUUGCUCAUUAAUCUGUCUUUGAUAUCGCGUCUUUUUAUUAAUGUAUUCUAUAGUGCCUUUCAUGGGUAUGAUAUCCUGCAUUUUUCAUCUAUUUGUUGAAUCUAUGUAUA